GAUAUUGCCUAAGGGGGCAUAUUCUAAAUUGUUUCCAUCUGCCGAAAAUUAUGUUAAAGAAUAUAAAAUGCGAUAUGGAUCAUCAGAUAAUAAUAUAGAUGACGACGAUUGGCACAAAUCUCAAUCUAUUAAUGAUAAAAAGACUGGUACAAUAGUUGCGUUGAAAAGUGUUCAAGAUUUAUCAACAAUAAGCGAAUGGAAAUUUAAUUUACGACUUUUUAAAGAAGCACAUGUUUCGCAAUCAUCUAUGGAGACUUUCGUGUCAGAAGAAUCCUUGUUUCCAGCUUUUGGUGUCACACAAGAUCCGAAAACAUUGGCAUAUUUUAUUGUAAUGCCUUACAGUCAAAAAGGAAAUUUAAGAGAUAAUUUAGGACAGAUUUCCAAGUUGAAUUGGAAAACUAGAUUAGAGUAUUUAUUAAUGAUUAUCAAUGGAAUUGUUGGAAUUCAUAGAUCUAACCAACAUAAAAGACCAAUGGCUGAGGAUGUGAAAAUGAAUAUCAUUGCUUGGUUAUUUUAUUAUUAUUUUGAUGAUGAAAUUAAUAGUCUUAGUAAUGAAGGAUUUAAGAAUACAUUCUUACAGUUUCUAAAUGCAGACAAACUUUUAAAGUCUAAAGAAGAAAUAAAUCCAACUUUAAUUCGCCAUCCUAAAGCAUAUCAUAUUAGUCGGCUUAUUUAUUUUCCUGAAUUGAAAGCUCAUUUUGAUUCUGAAUAUGGCCUCUGUCCGGAUUGCAAUCAACAAAAUACGUCUGAUAAUUGGUGUAAGCCUUACUCACAACUUACUGGCGAAAGUAGAUUUUUAGAAUGGAUUCCAUAUGAAAAUUUAAAAAAUGUUACAUACGCUGCUGAGGGUGGUUUUAGUACUGUAUAUAAAGCUAUUUGGGUUGAUGGAAGUAUUCAAAAUUGGGAUCGUCGUAUCGUUGCAUUAAAACGUCUUCAUAAUUCUUCAACUAUUGAUGGCAACUUCCUAGAAGAGACUUAUGCUUGGGAUGAUUUGACUAGUGGAGAAUGUAUUACUCCAAGAGAUGUCCCGUCAAGUAGUCCUUUAGGUUGUUUUAUUUUGAAUAAUGGUUCUUCAGACAACCUGAAUGGUCUUUCGAACUUGGGUUUUCCUCCUGUUUAUAAAGACCGUUAUGGAUUCAUAAUGGAUCCAGGAUUGUGCAUCACCAGAUGCACUGACUAUCUCUUCGAGGUUGCCGCCCUCAAGAAUGGCAACCAGUGUCAAUGCGGCAGCAAAAGUAACUUAGUAACAUCAUAUACUAAAGUAAAUGACUCAAUUUGUAAUGUCACAUGUAUCGGUAACUCCAGUUAUUUUUGUGGGGGUAAUGAAAGCUAUACUGUUUAUGACACAAAAACUGGAAUUCUAGGUCAUCCACUACCUACUAUAAGUGCUACUGAUAAACUUGCAAUAAUCAAGAAUCUUAAUAACGAUAAUAGAUACCAACAAUGCAUUAAAGAUAGUCCCUAUUGUGAUCAGAGGGUGUUGAAUGGCACAUCAAAAGAGCUUUCAGGCAUGACGGUGGAUAAAUGCAUUGAUUUUUGUAGACAAAACAACUUUACAUAUGCAGGACUUGAGAUCGGAACGCAAUGCUUCUGUGCAAAUAAUUAUAAUCAUAUAAAUCAGAUAAGCUCAGAUGAAUGUAGUACUAGUUGUGCUGGAAAUAACCAGCAAAUUUGUGGAGGUCCUUUAGCGAUUAGUGUGUAUAGUACUUCCAAACUCAAUGAAACCAGUACUUAUAAAUCCGAAGACCCCAAGCAUCUAUUAGAGAUUAUUCUUCCUAUUGGAAGUCUUAUCUUAAUUGCCUUAAUAGCAAUUGCAAUUAUUUGGUAUCAUCGCAGAUAUAACCUACAAUUCU